CCCGGCCAGUAUGAACAAUGGCCCAGCUAUACUACAAAAAGGUAAACUACUCACCGUACCGAGACCGGAUCCCGUUACAGAUCGUGCGAGCGGAGGCAGAGCUCUCGGCGGAAGAGAAGGCCUACCUCAGCGCUGUGGAGAAGGGGGACUAUGCCAGUGUCAAACAUGCCUUGCAAGAGGCAGAGAUCUACUACAACAUCAACAUUAACUGUAUGGAUCCUCUUGGUCGCAGUGCCCUUUUAAUAGCCAUAGAGAAUGAAAAUCUGGAGAUCAUGGAGCUGCUUUUGAGCCACAGUGUAUAUGUGGGAGAUGCUCUGCUGUAUGCAAUACGGAAAGAGGUGGUGGGAGCUGUGGAGCUUCUGCUGAAUUACAGGAAGCCGAGUGGUGAAAAACAGGUCCCAACCUUGAUGAUGGACACUCAGUUUUCAGAAUUCACUCCAGAUAUCACCCCGAUAAUGCUGGCGGCUCACACCAACAACUAUGAAAUCAUCAAACUGCUUGUCCAAAGACGGGUAACAAUUCCACGCCCACACCAGAUCAGAUGCAACUGUGUGGAGUGUGUCUCCAGUUCAGAGGUGGACAGCCUGAGGCAUUCCAGGUCGAGGCUGAACAUCUACAAAGCCUUAGCCAGCCCUUCGUUGAUUGCCUUAUCAAGUGAGGACCCCAUCUUGACGGCCUUCCGACUGGGCUGGGAGCUAAAGGAGCUCAGUAAAGUGGAAAAUGAGUUCAAGGCUGAAUAUGAAGAACUUUCACAGCAGUGCAAGCGUUUUGCUAAGGACCUUUUGGACCAAGCACGGAGUUCCCGAGAACUGGAGAUCAUUCUCAAUCACAGAGAUGAUCAAAGUGAAGAGCUGGAUCCCCAAAAAUGUCAUGACUUGGCAAAGCUAAAGGUAGCAAUAAAGUAUCACCAGAAAGAGUUUGUUGCUCAGCCAAACUGCCAGCAGCUACUAGCAACACUUUGGUAUGACGGUUUUCCAGGAUGGAGGAGGAAACACUGGGCAGUAAAACUCUUGACCUGUGUCACCAUUGGGCUGCUAUUUCCUGUGCUAUCUGUGGCGUAUCUGAUAGCACCGAAGAGCAGGCUGGGACUGUUCAUUAAAAAGCCAUUUAUAAAGUUUAUCUGCCACACUGGCUCUUACCUGACCUUCCUCUUCAUGCUCCUGCUGGCAUCGCAGCACAUCGUCAGGACUGACCUUCACAUGCAGGGACCACCUCCCACCAUCGUGGAGUGGAUGAUCCUGCCCUGGGUUCUAGGUUUUAUCUGGGGAGAAAUCAAGGAAAUGUGGGACGGUGGAUUCAAUGAGUAUGUACACGACUGGUGGAAUCUGAUGGAUUUUGCUAUGAACUCCCUCUAUCUUGCAACUAUCUCCCUUAAAAUUGUUGCCUACGUCAAGUAUAACGGUUCUCGUCCGAGGGAGGAAUGGGAGAUGUGGCACCCGACUCUCAUUGCAGAAGCCCUCUUUGCAAUAUCCAACAUUUUGAGUUCUUUGCGUCUCAUAUCCCUGUUUACAGCAAACUCACACCUGGGACCCUUGCAGAUUUCUCUGGGACGCAUGCUGCUAGACAUCCUUAAGUUCCUUUUUAUCUACUGUCUGGUGCUUCUGGCUUUUGCCAAUGGACUGAACCAGCUUUAUUUUUAUUAUGAGACCAGUGCCUCGGAGGAACCCAACAACUGCAAGGGGAUCCGAUGUGAGAAACAGAACAAUGCCUUCUCCACACUUUUCGAGACCCUCCAGUCACUCUUCUGGUCUGUGUUCGGGCUGCUGAAUCUCUACGUCACCAACGUGAAAGCCAGACAUGAGUUCACAGAAUUUGUUGGGGCCACUAUGUUUGGGACCUACAACGUCAUCUCUCUUGUUGUGCUGCUGAACAUGCUCAUAGCCAUGAUGAACAACUCCUACCAGCUCAUUGCUGACCAUGCAGAUAUCGAGUGGAAGUUUGCACGGACGAAGCUCUGGAUGAGUUACUUUGAUGAAGGUGCCACUCUGCCCCCUCCUUUUAACAUUGUUCCCAGUCCCAAGUCAGUCUGGUACCUUUGCAAAUGGAUUCACAAUCAGCUGUGCCCUGGCAAUGACUCUUACAAUGAACAGAAGAGGCAUGAAAACCUCAAAACAUUCACAGAACGGCAUGCUGACAACCUGAUUCAGAAUCAACAUUACCAGGAAGUGAUAAGGAAUCUUGUGAAAAGAUACGUCGCAGCGAUGAUAAGAACUUCCAAAACCAACGAAGGUUUAACUGAAGAAAAUUUCAAGGAGUUGAAACAGGACAUCUCAAGUUUUCGUUAUGAAGUUCUCGACCUCUUAGGAAAUAGGAAGCCCCAGAGGAGAAGUUAUUCUACCAGCAGCACAGAGGUGUCGCAGAAGGAUGAAGCAAAUGAGGAUUGCGAUGGGGAAAAAUCCAAAGCCAAGAGUGUGUCUUUCAAUGUAGCCAACAAAAAAAAGGACUUCAAUGUAUCUGCUCUGAUUAAAACCAUGUCUGGGAUUGAUAUGGUGGAGGAGAAGCCAAAAAGCAAUGGGAUUGGUAAGCGCUCCUUUGUCCGGAAUGGAAAUAGAGUCCAGAGACUUUCCAGCUCCAAGAAGGAGUCCUUUAAGAGAUUGGGUCUGCUCUUCUCCAAGAUGAAUGGACAUGUACCUGAACCAAACUCAGAACCCAUGUACACUAUUUCAGACGGAAUUAUUCAGCCACACUACAUGUGGAAAGACAUUAAAUAUUCUCAGAUUGAUAAAGGUAAAGAAGAGAAUUGUUCUAAAAGUGAAAUUAACCUCAAUGAGGUGGGCUACAGUGGGAACACAAGACUUACAGGACAGAGCAAGGAGUGCCCUGUGGUUUGUACCAGCUCCCUUCACUGUGCUUCCAGUAUUUGUUCCUCUAAUUCCAAACUUAUAGACUCAUCAGAGGAUGUGUUUGAUUCAUGGGGAGAGGCUUGUGACUUGUUUAUAAACCAGUGGAAAGAUGGGCAGGAGGACCAUGUUACCACUCGGCUAUAAGCAGAGCUAUCUUCACACAGCCAACUGUUUCUCAUUGUUUGCUCUCAUCCCAUUCAGCCAUUGUUUCCUUUCUGUCCACGGGUGAAAACAGUGUAAAAGCCUGUUAGCCUGUUUUCCAGCCAUUUGCACCUUUCAUUUACUUGUUUUUUUUUCACACUCACAAAUACUAAACUAAAGGUCUCACCAUUUACAAGGUUGCUGUAAGCCACAGGAAUCCCUUCAAAUGCACUUGGUUGUCAGACCCCACAGACGUCAGAGAUGCUGGUGGCUGAGUGAAGGAUUUUCUCCAGUGCCCUCAUCAUACCACUGCUGCUGGGCUGUCACUGCUGCUAUCCAACACCAUGAGCUCUGCCUCCUGCUCAGCUUUCCUCAUCAACACAAGCAGCUGGUGAGCAGUGGCUUAGCAGGAGACUGCAAAUCCUAUUUAAAUGUCUUUUUAGAAAGGGUUUCAACUUACACCUGGCUUUUUGUUUUCUUUAAGCAAUACGACCUCCGAUCCUUUGGUUGUGUGUUGUGUUACAGGUUGUUAUAUUAAUAUUGUAAAUUGUUACCAAAUAAGAGACUAUUUUGAUCAUCCAGCUAGAACAUGUUAUGAUUUCCUUGUUUACCUAAUUCCUAUAAGAAUUUCUCCCUGUAGUGAGCAAAAUGACCUUCCAGUUAGGCUGACAGUGGAAGUCAACACCUGGCCUUGCCACCACCUUCUGCAUAGGUGAACUGACCCCAAGCCAUCUGUGGCUGCUUGAAACAAACCUCUGUGUGGUUCUUCUAUUGCUAAUGGGCUGAACUAGACCCCAGCACCCAUCCUUGCCCUUAUACCCCACAAGCUGUGUCUGGAUUUUGAAACUCCUGCUCUUUUCACUGCUGCAUUGCCGUUUUGCUGCCUCUUGGAUGAAUGUCAGGCUUCAGGAAGAAAACUAUCCUCGUGGUAUGUGGUAAAUGCUAAGGGACAUCAUCCUCUCUGGGUCUGUGAGCUGCACUGCUGAAAAACAACCUAAGCAAUAGCAGCUCAAACUGCAUCUGGCAGCCCAGAAAGUCACUGCAGUCCCUUUUCUAAGGGGCAGCAAAAGGGAAUAGGGGAGGUAGAUGUUAUCUUUGAUUUCCCCAGUUGUGGUAGUGGCUGGACAGGGCCUAGCAACAUCAGUGCUUUUAUCUUAAGGAGAAAUGAGAGCAGAAGACAACCCUAUCAAGGGCAAAAUGCUUGUAUUGUUAAUAGUGAAUUUUAUUUGACAGUGUGAUACUUGAACUUCCUUCUGUGGUGUUGCUCAGAAACAGAAAUGAUUGGCACUUACCCCACUUCAGAGCUGUCAUUAGUCAGCUGCUUUCUUGAAGAAAGCAAGCAGUGUCCAGGGGCCCAGCAACGACCUUCCCCUGUGGCAGAGGUUCAUGGCUGUGCUCCUGCAGUCAGGCUGAAGGCAUUGUUCCUAGGGGAGAUAAGGUUGGCUGCCAAAAAUCACCUCUUCUGUGAACUGAGUUGUAAGUUGCAUUUGUAAGAGCAAAAUGCUGGAAAAUCCACACCUGUAAUUGGAACUGUUCAGGUUUUACCAGCAAGGGUCAAGAGCAGCUCUUCUGGCAGCAUGGAGGGAUUGGAAAAGAGGGACAUCUCACUGCUGCAGUCCCCCACAGAAGAGGUAGUGGGACACCUGUUGCAGCCUGAGUUUUAACCCUGGCUCCCUCCUCUUGCUAAGAAAAGAAUACUUUGUUAGGGUUUCCCUUUGGGCACUUAUAACAGCAUGAUGGAGCACAUGUAUACCAGAGGAAAACAUGAACAGUGCAGCCAGCUCCUGCAGCAGAGUUGCAGAUACCAACACAGCAGGCUCAUAAGAAGUUUUCAGUACAGACCUCAUGGACACCAUGGCUGUAGGCCAGCUCUGAUGCCAACAAAAAUCAGCAAUGAGGAGCACAGAGAAAUGUUUCUCUAUUCCUUGCUUAUAAACAACACCAAUCUUGCCACUAGCAUGCAGUGUAAAGUCCAAAACAUUUAAGCCUCUAGAUGUAGUAAGGCAUUUUUGGAUCAAGAUUUGAGGCUUUCAUACUAAUUGCAGGGUUAGAGCUGUGGAAAACUGCCUCUCCUUAUUAUGAAAGGGUGAGCAAACUGACAUUGGCACUACACAAGGAGACUUGCAAAAUCUGAUGGUCAAAACCAGCUCACUG